AGCAUGUGCUCUUCGCAGUGGAACUCUCCAGCUCUUUUAAUUUUAGUGCUGACAGCGGGAUCAGCGAUUAUACAUCGGUGUGUUGGAACUGCAUGCAAUGACAUUGCGGUCUGAGCGAAGUGUUAAUAUGAGUGAGUUCGGUUCAGAUAUCCGUCAUUACGGCAUUUGAGUGCGAUUAUUUAUGCUAGAGUAUUUUUUGGCUUGUUCAUCGGGCUGCUUUAGUGUAAGUGGAUUUUCGUGCGUGAUAUACAUACAACAAUAUGUUCGGGAUAAAAAUUGAUAGCGGCAUUUGGUAAAUGUUAAAUCGGAACAAGCGAUUAAAUAAAAUCAAGAAAUCGACUUUAGAGACUUUUAAGGUUGAUUCAAUAAAUAUUCGGCAAACAAUUAACUGAAAUACACGUAAUCUAUACAUACGUUGCUAAACAAGCAAGCCAAGCUUAAAAGAAUCGUGUUUAACAACCGCAAGAAAAUAGUUUGGCAACAAAUAAAUGUGAAUGCAAAUUAAAUUGCAAAGAGAAAUAACGCAAAAUAAUCAGAAAUAAAAUAAAACAGAAACGUAAACGGAACAUUUUAAUUAAACCAUUGAAACUGCUUUAAUGCGGAAUGAAAAUUGGAUAAUGUCCUCGACGGCGCAUUGUGGAGACAGCGAAUCCUUGAACUAUGAAGAGCUCAACGUCAUUGGCACAGGAGCCUACGGUACUGUAUAUCGGGCAAAAGAUAAUCAAUCAGGAAAAAUUGUCGCUAUCAAAAAAGUUCGCAUACCAAUAACGGACAAUGGAGUCCCAAUGUCAACACUACGAGAGAUCGCUUUGCUGAAACAUUUAAAUGCCUCAGAUCAUCCACACAUUGUUAAACUAUUUGAAGUGUGCCAAGUUCUUGAGCGCGAGGAUCAGUUGAUGGUACUUUUAGUUUUUGAACAUUUGGAACAAGAUCUGUCUGAUUUGAUUGAACGUCUUCCAAAAUCGGGAAUGCCAUCAGUUACAAUACAGCGCUUAUCACGUGAACUAUUGACCGGGGUGGACUUUUUGCACUCACAUCGAAUUAUUCACCGUGACUUAAAACCACAAAACUUACUCAUUUCUUCGCAAGGACAUCUGAAAAUAGCAGAUUUCGGAUUGGCAAAAACAUAUGAUUUUGAAAUGAAACUAACAUCCGUAGUGGUGACACUUUGGUAUCGUGCCCCUGAAGUCCUGUUGGCCCAAUCGUACAAUAGUUCGGUUGACAUUUGGAGUGUUGCUUGUAUUAUAGCUGAAAUGUUUGCACGCAAGGCUCUAUUCCCAGGCACGUCAGAAGCUAAUCAACUGGAUAGAGUUUUUGAGUUAACUGGACGUCCCACAUCUCAACAGUGGCCCCAAUCAAUUUCGCUUUCAAGAGAACAUUUUCCACCCCGUCUUCAAAAGCAGCCAAAAGAGUUGUGUCCAAAUUUAUGUGACUAUACCAAUGAUCUUUUAAGUCAAAUGCUUUCAUACGAUUUUCGAUCACGACCCUCCGCAUUGGCUUGCUUAAAGCACGAGUACUUCCAACAGGAACCCAUUUAACAAUUUCCCCGGUUUAAAAUAUUGUAAAUUUAACAUAAGGUUUUUUAUAAAUUGUUAUAUUUUUCAUUAGCCAUUAUAGGAUUUUAUAUUAAUUCAUAUUUGUAAGAAAAAUGUACACUUAUUUUAUUUUUAGCGAUUCUAUUAUAUAUACCAUUAGAACACCCCGGCCACGCCUUGCUGUGGCUAAGGUAUAAAUAAAUUAUAUAUUGAGUAA